GAAGUGAUGUCAUGGUCAAAUGAGCAGCUUCUAGCGCAGGCCGGGAAGCGGUGCAGGUCACUGCAGGAUAAUGGUGGAUUAAUCGGUAGACCGGUCACCGGAUGUUCUGAGGAGAACAGCGGAGGGGAUGGAGUCCCUGCUGGCGUGCGCCAGCCGCUCUGAGGACGAGGACUCCUCCGCCGGACAUAAGAGGAGCCUCUCCCAGGGGUCUGGCCUGAUACCCAAGAGGAGGAGCUCGUCCAGAUUUAUCAAAAGGAAGAAAUUUGAUGACGAAUUGGUUGAGAGCAGUCUUGCCAAAUCGGCCAGUCGUCCACGAGGCCCCAGCGGAGGAGAGUCGGGGAGAUUAUCUGGCAGCGAACCUUCGUCCAGCGAGAAGAAGAAGCAAGUCUGCAAAACGGUGCCUGCGCCAGCGCCACCAUCCCCUGCCCCGAGCCCCAGCAUCACCAAAAGGAUAAAAAAGAGUAAGCAGCCACUUCAGGUUACCAAGGACUUGGGGAGAUGGAAACCGGCCGAUGACUUGCUUCUUAUCAACACAGUGCUACAGACAAAUGAUCUGCAGGCUGUACAUCUUGGUGUGAAGUUCAGCUGUCGUUUCACCCUCAAUGAAAUACAGGAGCGGUGGUAUGCGCUUCUCUAUGACCCUGUCAUCUCCAAGCUAGCAUGUCAGGCAAUCCGACAGCUACAUCCAGAGGCCAUCGCUGCGAUCCAAAGCAAGGUGCUGUUCAGUAAAGCGGAGGAACAGUUACUCAGUACAAUCAGCUCGAGCUCUCAGCCUACACUGGAGAUUUUUCAAGAUCUACUCGGCAAACAUCCAGAGGUUUUCUAUAUGUCCCGCACAGCCAAGUCUCUUCAGGUGCAUUGGCAGCUUAUGAAGCAGUACUAUCUUCUGGAGGACCAAACAGUUCAGCCAUUACCCAAAGGGGAUCAAGUCCUAAACUUCUCUGAUGCGGAGGACAUGCUUGAUGACACCAAACUUAGGGACUCCCGUGAUGAAGUUCUGGAGCAUGAGCUUACUGUUGCUGACCGUCGACAAAAACGUGAGAUCCGUCAACUAGAGCAGGAGCUGCAUCGUUGGCAAGUGCUGGUGGACAGUAUAACAGGAAUGAGCUCUCCAGAUUUUGAUACACAGACGUUGGCGGUUUUACGUGGGCGCAUGGUACGAUAUCUGAUGAGGUCCCGAGAGAUAACACUAGGUAGAGCCACUAAGGACAACCAGAUUGACGUGGACCUGUCGCUAGAGGGCCCAGCAUGGAAGAUUUCUCGCAAACAAGGUGUUAUAAAGCUGAAGAACAAUGGUGACUUUUUCAUUGCGAAUGAGGGAAGAAGAGCGCUUUAUAUUGAUGGUCGGCCUGUAUUGCCAGGGAGCAAGUGGAAGCUAAGUCACAACUCUGUCGUGGAGAUUUCUGGCCUUCGCUUUGUGUUCCUUAUCAAUCAGGAUCUCAUAGCUCUCAUUAAAGCGGAAGCUGCCAAGAUGAUUCAGUCUUGAAGAAAGGCGCUUUAUGAACUGUUUCAGGAGUUUGUACAUAACUUAUGUGUCCUCUUACACUGUGCUCCAAGACCUUCUCUAAAUACUCUUCAGGUAGAUCCUUAACUAUUGUCUGUGCCAACUAAGUGGGCAACCAGAGACAGACUGUUACUGAGGCCUGGACUCCACCCCAUCCUUCAUUCCUCAUGCACCAUUCUUUACGUAGUGUUAGGGGUUUUCUGUUCAUAUUUUUGGAUGUUUUUGUUAUAAGUUUUUUUUUUAAUGAAGUUGCACUCGUAUAUUAAAUGAUAUGUGCUUU